AUGUUCUCCCCCUCCAUCCACACCGUCAGCGUCUUCCAACUCAGCCUCACCUCAGCCCUCAGCGCCUACGGCCUCUACCUCUCUUACCAAAACAUAACGCGCCUGCAGCAAUACGAAAAGCAGAGCGAGAAGGCUGCAGAAUGGUCAAAUACCGCGGCGCAGCGAUUGCAUAAGACGCGGUCGACGCAGACGAGUGGGACUGUUACGUUGUUGCUUAGUUUCCUAACCUCCACGGCCCUCCUCAUCGUACCAAGUCUUUCGUCGACGCAAGUGCUGGUUGGGGCUGGCGCGGCGAAUGCGGCGGCUGCGUACCUCGCGAGGGUACACAUGAAGAAUUUCUGGAACGAUAGGAAUCAGACGAAGAUUCCGUUUGUUGAGAAGUUCAAUGAAGCGAUACGGGGUAGUGAGCUCGUCGUCUUGCUACUGGGUACGUUGAGUCUAGGCUGGGCGGCAGCAGGAGGCGUGUGGGCGGGCAUGGCGAACGGCGGAAGCGGGAUACUGGGACUGGGUGUUUGGGGUCUGGUUGUGGGUGGCAGGGUCAUGUCGAUUGCGCCGAAGAUGGGGUGGACGGGUAGUACUCAAAGCUAG